AUGAGCAGCAGCAGCAGCGCGCGCCGAGAGGAGGAGGACGGCGACCCCGUUGUGCGUGAGAUCCCCGUGCAUCUUGCCGAUCAGCUGCGCCACAAUCUCCACAUGGUACAAUUCCCGCUACGUCCAACGUACCGGCCAGUGCCAGAUCCCCCAAAGGCUGCGCGCAUGAAGCCUCGGAAUCAGAUGAUGCAGCUCGACUUUCCGGUGGACCAGCGCUCGGAGCACUACGACCAGGACGCAGAGGACUAUCUGAAGCAAAAGCAACUGCGGAUGCAGUCGUCUAACAUUCCGACGCUCACGAACUACGUUGUGGGCGUUUUCCGACAAGGACAGCUGCAUCUCACGCCUCUGACUUCGGUCAUGCAGAUGCGACCCAGUCUUGGGCACAUUGAUGAUGCGGUGGACGCAGAGGAGGAAGACAUAGAUGUAGAAGAGAAGGUCGAGCCGCCGCCAGCGGAGCUGAAGGAGGUGCAGUUUCAGUUCAAGAAGAAACAGUCGGAGCGCGCAAUCUCAGCGAUCCAGAACUCAUAUGCGUACAAGAAACAGCAGGUUGACGCCGAGAGCUGGAUUGAGCUCCAGGUGCAGGACAAAAAUAGCGCUGGCGCGGAGAAUGAGUUUGAGAGCUUGUUUAGUGAAAGAGAAGAGGAAGUGAUGUCAACGAUGACGCCAGAUGAGUAUAUCCAGGCGAUGCAGUACCGUGCGAUGAGCUCUGCACAUAAGUCUGCAGCUACGAGCACCUCGGCGCAGGCAAAUGACGACGUCGAGGAGAAAGUAGACGAAACAAAGGAACCCAUCAUCGGCCAGCUGCUUGACGGUGUUGAUGCAAAAUACUCGGACGUCUUGCGACUGCUUGCAACCGAUCAGAUCAUGCAUUUUGAUACGCUUGCAACGCUCUUGCCCGCGCGCAGCGAGAAAGAGCUUUUGGAUGCACUCAAGGAAGUAGCCGUGCAUGUGCGGGGGCGCCUGAUGCCGACUAGCACCUUGGUAUGCCGAGGAGAGACCACAGUGCGCACCCGCAACGAAAUCAUUACAGCAUUAGCGACGACACCCGCUGGCUUAUCGCGCUCGGAUCUGGUAGAAAAACGCUGCGUGGAUGCUGACGUAGCUAAAACCAUUUUGGCUGAGUUUGCUAGUUUGGAGCCAAAAACACGUAAGUGGACUUUCCGCCUGGGUCAUGACGACACUUUUACAAAGCGGUUCCCUGCCGUCGCAAAGAUCAUGAAGCUUGAGUCAGCAUAG